UUCUCCUGUCUCCCAGACUUAUGGAGAUGUUUGUCCCAUGGGACAUUUCUGCCCUCAGGGAAGUGGGUCUCCCACACCCUGUCCUGUUGGCAGCUUCUUUCCCGAGCUCGGCGCACUCUCUCUCUCCCAAUGCCGUCCUUGUCCCCCAGGGAAAUACUGCCUGAAUCCUGGAGCCUCACAGCCCACAGGUCUGUGUUUUGCGGGGUUCUUCUGUUCUGGAGGUGCAGAUAGUCCCACACCUCGAGCUAACUCAUCUUUGUCCAGCUGUCUUCUGAAAAUACUAGAGGGUUCCACCAUAAGGACGAAUGCCACCUGGAUGCAAAACCUGCCCUGCUUUAAUAACUCAGGGAGAGAUGCUAGUGGGAUCAAAGCAGCAGCAGUGUCACGGGAAGAUUUAGAUCAGACUGUGACUGAUUCACCGCCGAGUCUCAAGACGCCACAGUAUGCGUGUUCCACCUACAGAGGAGAUAUAUGCCCUAGGGGUUUCUAUUGUCUUAUGGGCUCUGCUUACCCUCACUCCUGUGAGGCUGGUUCUUACUGCAACCAGACUGGCCUAGAGGCUCCAGCAGGACCCUGUGCAGCUGGAUAUUACUGCCCUAGAGGCUCUUCUGAACCCCACGCCAACCCUUGUCCCACAGGACACUAUUGCCCCCUUGGAACCCAGCUUCCUCUGCCCUGCCCUCUGGGAACUGUAAAAAACAACUAG